AAUAUCUGUCAUGUUCCCUCACUCCACACUAAGGUGUUAUCCCUCCAUAAACCGCGCUGCGUUUCUGCUGAAUGGGACAGUAAACAGUGAUCUGCUGCUCUAUAAAUGCUGUUUGUUGGAACUCGAUUUGAAACAGACAGGUGCAUUUGAAAGUUAGACGAGGAGCGCUUAGGGAACAGUCUAAAUUAAGGCUUCAAUUACGCUAAGGACCCUGGAGAAAUGUGUCGUAGACAGAAGGAAUUAACGAGGAAGCAAAACGAUUAAAACAUUGAGGUCUUGUCUCAUGACAGCACGUCCUUUUACAAGCACUGCGUAACAGGACGUUAAGUUCUGCAUCUAGUGAGGAGUCGCGAAUCGAGAUGGACGGAGACUUGGAGUGCAAUGGAAUUUCAGGUUUACAGAUACUGUAAGGAAAGCGGGCUUUUGGAAGUGUGAUGCCUAAUUGUGCCAUGCAUCUUGAGCAUGAACACUGAGCCCAACAUCCCAAUGUGAAAAUAUCUGGUUAUGAGAACUGGCACUACCAAAGACCCUUGGAAGGAGGUAAGAUGUUCCUGGAACUGUGUGGCCAGUGGGGUGGAUGGACGGUCCUGCUUUUGUGGUGCUUAAGUCUUUCAGCUGCUGACCUCACCUGCCCGCAGAAAUGCAGCUGUUACCCUGACACAUCAGAGGUCAAUUGCUCCUCAAAACACCUGACAGGUGUGCCUGAGGGCCUGCCUAAUAAUGCCAAACGUCUAGACCUUUCUGGAAAUCAAAUGAAGACAAUAGGCAGACGGCAGUUCUCUGGCUUGUCAAACCUGGAGGACCUGGACCUGAGUGAGAACAUAAUCUCCAUGAUUGAGGUAGACGCGUUUCAGGGACUAAAGAACCUACAACACUUGACGAUUAAAAACAACCGUCUCAAGAUCAUACCUGUUGGGGUCUUCUCCGGCCUAGCCAACCUUCGCCGUCUGGAUCUCAGUGAGAACGAAAUCCUAGUUUUUUUGGAUUACACAUUCAAAGACAUGAUUAACUUACAACAGCUUGACGCUGGAGAGAACGACCUGGUGUUCAUCUCGCAACGGGCGUUUGUCGGGCUGCAGGCACUGAAGGAGUUCAACGUGGAUCGUAGCAAUCUAACGUCUAUCCCUACAGAGGCCCUGUCGCAGCUGCAGAGCCUGACCAAGCUGCGUCUGCGCAAACUGACUAUCAGUGUGCUGCCCAAUAAUGCCUUCCGUGGGCUCAACCAGUUACGCACUCUGCAGAUCCUCCAGUGGCCUUCUCUUGAGACGGUAAAUAGUAACAGCCUGAUGGGUCUUAACCUUACCACUUUAGUUUUAACCAACUGCAAUAUAAGCGAUGUGCCCUAUGCUUCACUACGUCAUUUGGUUUAUUUGCAAUACCUGGACCUGUCCUACAACCCCAUCACCUCCAUCCAGGGCAACCUGCUGGGGGAGCUUCUCCGACUGCAAGAGUUGCACCUGGUGGGUGGGAACCUGCUAAGUAUCGAACCGGGAGCCUUCAAGGGUCUCGUCCACUUUCGCCUUCUCAACGUGUCGACUAACCGUCUGUCUACACUUGAGGAAAGUGUCUUCCACUCGGUAGGCAACUUGCAAACUCUGCGGCUUGACAAAAAUCCCUUGGCGUGUGACUGCAGACUGCUUUGGGUGGUGCGCCGUCGCCGGCGGCUAGACUUUGAUGGUCGCCAACCUACCUGUUCCUCCCCGAAUCAGGUGCGCAGGAAGGCAUUUCGAGACUUUUCAGAAGCAGAGCUCCCGGUUAUAUUUGUGUGCAGACAGGCACAGAUUGUGAACCGACAGCUGCAAGACACAAGCGUUGUGGAGGGCACGAGCGUACGGUUUGACUGCAAAGCAGAUGGCUAUCCAUCACCUUCCGUUACGUGGCUGUCAGCACAGCAGACGGCGCUUAGCUCUGUCGGGAGAGUACGAGUGCUCAAUAAUGGGAGUCUGGAGGUGCGUUACACACAAGUGCAAGACAGUGGAACUUAUCUGUGUACCGCAGCUAAUGCAGCCGGUAAUGAUAGCAUCACCGUGAGCCUUCAAGUUGAAGGUCUCCCGCAGAACCACACGGCAUCGUAUUUCUCAGAUGAGGGAUGGAUGGAAACUUCAUUGCCGACCUCAACCAACUCCUCCGCACGAGUGUCCAGCCCUUAUCCCUUUGACGCUAAAACCCUUAUCAUCGCUACCACCAUGGGCUUUCUUUCGUUUCUCAGCUCCGUGGUAAUCUGUUUCGUGUUUAUGUUCCUCUGGAGUCAGAGCAGGGGUCAGAUCAAACACACUGCUACUAUAGACUUUGUGCCACGUUCGUCCGUGGGUGGAGGUGGGAUUGGUGGGGACACGGGAAGAUUCACAAUGAAGCUUAUUUGAGCUGCAAACAAUUAAAGAAUCAAUACUGAAGGCUCGAACGCUGCAAGUUACUCAAAGCGGAGAAACUGCUCAUUUACUAUAUUAUUCGCAGCUUACGAGCAAAGUGCAAUGCCUUAUUAUGUAUUCAACAAGCCUGAUUGACUUUUACAAGUAAAUUUUUUUUUUUACAAUAAUCCUAUUUUACCUAGUACCUAGUUAAAUAGCCACUAUAACAAAACAAGUAUGUAUUCAGUAUUGUCACAGCCCAGACUCUGAUACACAGCAGAAGGGCUGCAAUAAAAAAAAUAUUAACAAAUAAACAAUUUUAUAUUGCUUUUAAGUAUGCAAGCUUGGUUACACUGAUACAGAUGGAUAUAUUAAAUCUUACUAGUCACUUUCAAGACAUCAUUAAUAAAUUCUAGACUUUUUCUGAAUUUAUCAACGUCCAAUGGUAAUUUACAUUGCAAAAGCAAAUAUAAAUGAAUAAAGCAAUUAGUUAUUUGAAUAACUGUUGACCAUUAAUUAACUGCUGUUAUGUGCCCUUAGCUUUUGCCCUUGCUUAGUCUGUAGACUCACGGCUCUUAGCAUAAUGAAUAAAAUCACUUUCUGUAUAAAUUUUGGCAGUUUGUCUUCAGAGAUGCCGUAUUUCAUUUCUCUCCUAAAUUAACCAGUACAGGCCACACGAUGAUGCAGCUGAUUUUAGUGUCAUUGCAGCUAUUUGUGCUGCACAAAUGAUCA